AUGAACUUCCUCCGCCGCCGGCUGUCCGACAGCAGCUUCAUCUCCAACCUCCCCAACGGCUACAUGACCGACCUCCAGAGGCCCGAACCCCCUGCGCCGCCGCCCCCCAGCGCCACCUCCCCGUCCCAGACGGGCACCGUCCCCGCCCCCUCCACCUCUCCCUCCCCCACGGCCAAGUCCCCGUCCAGGGCCCCGGGCCCCGUCCAGGGCUCCCCGGUGGGGCUGGAGCGCCGGCAGACCCUGCCCAGCCAGCCGCAGCAGCCGCCGCUGGGCCAGCAGCCGCCCUCCUCCUCCACCUCCUCCUCCUCCGGCUUCUUCAGCUCCUUCAGCUCCAUCACCAACGCCGUGAAGCAGACGGCGGCCGGCUUCGUGGAGCAGUCGGCCGCCUCGCCCUCGCUCUCCAGGAAGUUCAAGAUCCUGCUGGUGGUGGACGAGCCGCAGCACGAGUGGGCCAAAGUGUUCCGGGGGAAGAAGAUUCUUGGAGAUUACGACAUCAAAGUAGAGCAGGCCGAGUUCUCUGAGAUCAACCUUGUGUCCAACUCAAACGGAACCUGCAGCGUGGACCUUCAGGUCAUGAGGAACGCCACUAAAGUCAUGAGGUCGUUCCGGCCAGACUUCGUGCUGGUGCGCCAGCAUGCGUUCAGCAUGGCACAGAACGAGGACUUCAAGAACAUGAUCAUUGGACUGCAGUAUGCCGGGGUCCCUUCGGUGAACUCCCUUGAUUCCAUCUACAGCCUCAGUGACAAACCUUGGGCCUUUGCUCAACUGAUCAAUAACCAGAAGAGGCUGGGCUCGGACAAGUUCCCUCUGAUCGAUCAGACUUUCUAUCCAAACCAUAAAGACAUGAUUACCACGCCCAGCUUUCCAGUGGUGGUGAAGAUAGGCCACGCCCACUCCGGAAUGGGAAAGGUGAAAGUGGACAACGCCAGUGACUUCCAGGACAUUGCGAGUGUGGUGGCCAUCACCCAGACCUACUCCACCACAGAGCCCUUCAUCGACGCCAAGUACGACAUCAGAGUGCAGAAGAUCGGCGCCGACUACAAAGCCUACAUGCGAACAUCCAUUUCUGGUAACUGGAAGAGCAACACUGGAUCUGCCAUGUUGGAGCAAGUGGCCAUGACUGACAAGUACAAGCUGUGGGUGGACGCCUGCUCGGACAUCUUUGGAGGGCUGGAUAUCUGCGCUGUUAAAGCAAUCUGUGGGAAGGACGGCAACGACUACAUUACUGAGGUCAUGGGGUCGUCCAUGCAGCUGAUCGGGGACCACCAGGCCGAGGACAAGCAGCUGAUCUCUGAAGUGGUCCUGGCUAAGAUGACCCAGGCCCUUGCCUCCAGGAGCUCCGCGGGCGCCCGCUCCCCCCAGGGCCAGAUGGCCACCACGGCCCAGCCCCAACAGAGCGCUGUCCUGAAGGAGGCAGCAUCAGAUCCCAACAGGACACCUGGACAGCGACCCAUGCAAGGGACACCUGUGAAAACCCAGAUCGUGGACCCACCCCAAGAGCCAGCUAAGAGGGCUUCUGAACCUGCAGCCAAGCCUAGCAUGGCCCAGAAGCCUGGCCCGGUCCAGAAGGCUGCCUCCGUUACAAAACCUCCCGUGCCCAGGCCUCCUCCUCCGAUGAACAGGGCUCUGUCUGUCAACAAGUCCAGCCCGGCCCCACCUCCCCCAGCCGCCCAGGCUAGACCCGCGGCUGCACCCGUAGCCUCCCCUGCGGCCAAGGCAGCAGCGGCAGUCUCAGGGUCUCCCCCCGCCAGAGCAGCAGCCGCAGCCCCAGCCGCCCCAGCUCCGGCCCCAGCCCCCGUUCCGGCCGCCGCCGCCGCCGCCGCCGCGACCACGGAGCAGCCCAAGCCCCAGGCCCAGGCCUCUCCCGCCCCGUCCCCCGGGAAACCCAAAGAUCUGCCCCCCAAGCCCACGCCCCCCGCCAAACCCAUCCCUCCCGUGCGCAGGAAUUCCAGGUCUCAGAUCCAGGUGAGGCAGCAGACUCUACCGGCCGAUCUAGCCAAGCCGCAACCCGAGGGCCAGGCCCCGGCGCGGGCCCCCGAGUCCGCCUCAGCCCCCCGCCCAGCGCAGGUCCAGACGCCGGCCAAAGCGGCCCCGUCUCCCUCUGCCCAGUCCGAGGCCGGGCCGGCGGGGGAGUCCGAGGCUGAGCUGUCCGAAGGGGACGUCACAGCGCAGGACGAGCCGCCGUCGGACCAGCCCAAGACCCACCCCCUCCUGAAUAAGUCCCAGUCCCUGACCAAUGCCUUCAACGCCUUCAGUGACUCCUCCUUCUUCCGUGGAGGCUCCGCCCCCGCCCCCGCAGCGUCGGACGGCCAGGAUGAGGCCAAGGCCGAGACUAUUCGCAACCUACGAAAGUCCUUCGUCAGCCUCUUCUCUGACUAG